AUGGAGCUGCGGCAGCGCGCUCGGUUGCUUCUCGUCAGAUCUCUUUCCGGCCGCGCUCCUUCCCGGUGGUCGGCGGAUGUCGCCGGUCGAUGCUCUGUGAUGGCCUCAUCGUCGCUAAAAGUUUACUGUCCGCUUGGGCGCGGUCCCGGGAUGCGAUCGUUCUCCAGAUCGGCGUCAGGGGAUCGUUUGCCUCCGUUUGGAAGCUCCGCGUGCGGCCUCCGUGGGUUCUCCGCAGGGGCGUCCGUGGAGGAGGACUACAGCCAGGAGGUGGACGAGAUCAACCUGAAAUUCGCGGAGGCACGGGAAGAGAUCGACGCAGCGCUGGAGUCCAAGGAUACAGUCUACUUCAACGAGGAGGCGGAUUGCGCUCGUGAGGCGGUGAAGGAGGUCCUCGACUUGUUCGAUGGGUUGCUGGCAAAGCUUCCGGAGAAGAACAGGGGGGUCUUGAGAAGGUCCAUGGGCCUCAAGAUGGAGCAGCUGAAGGCAGAACUCGAGCAACUGAAGGAUUGA